UCCGGGGCUGGUCGCUUUCUCUCGAUGUAAUCUGAUCCCGUGCAAGUGUCUUGGAAGCAUCAUCAGCUUUCACAAUUCUGAAAGGGAGGUGACUUGAGCGACCGAAGAACAAACGUUGAAUUCAGCAGGAGUGCACCUGGGAAAUAGACCACAUCAUCCACCAACCUACAGCUAUUGGACUGAGGACCAUUUGAGAUGCAUGGCCUGUAAGCAGCCAGCGCCAGCGAUGGCACAUAGGAAGAGGCCAGGGACCAGCGGCUCCAGCUGCAGCAUGGUGGAGCCCCCCGUCCGGCCCCCCUGCCCUGCCGCCUACCCCCCAGAGCAGCACGACCAGGAGCAGGAGGAGGGGCCGGGGGAGGAGGAGGAGGAGGUCCACUACUGCCGCCAGCAGGGCCUGGAGCCAGAGCUGACAGACAGCCGGCCGGACACACCUACUACACCGGAGCCGCAACACGAGCAUGAACACAGCCAUGACCACGAUCACCCAGACUGCCACGGCCAUGAUGACCACAGUCACAGCGACGACCAUGCAGAGUGCCAUGGCCACGACCGCGAGCAUGCAGACUGUCACGAUCACAGUCACGACGAUGUAGACUGCCACGACCACGGCCACGUCCACAGUCACAUCAAUGACCACGACCAUGCAGGCUGCCACGGCCACCGUCACGACCACGCCGACAGCCUGGAUGGAGACUCCAGCUCUGACUAUGUGAACAACACCUCAGAGGAGGAGGACUAUGAUGAAGGUCUACCGGAGGAGGACGAGGGCAUCACCUACUACAUCCGCUACUGCCCUGAGGAUGACAGCUACCUGGAGGGCAGCAUAGACUGCAACGAGGGCGAGGCUGACUAUACCGCCAGCACCGUGCAGCACGUCCGGGCUGAGCCCCCGGGCGACACAGACGAGUGCCAGGAAGCGGUGGAGGAGUGGGUGGAGGGAGAAGGUGGGGUGGAGGUGCGCUGUGAGGUGGUGGAGCAGGACCCAGAUGAACAGAUCUACGACGUCCUGGACCACCACCCCCACCCCGCCGCCGUCCUGCAUGAGUCCCCCCCACCCACAGAGGAGGAGGAAGAGGAGGAGGUGAGAGCUGGGGUUGCUUACACUGGGGACUACUAUGGCCCAGAGGAGGAAAAUGGGAACUCCGUGGUUCACGAAUCGCGGUCCCCAUACCGUGGCCGUAAAGUGGUAGUGGAGGGGGAGACGGGGGAGGAGGCGGAGGAGGACAUUGACCAGAUAGUGGCAGAGAUCAAGAUGAGUAUGAGCAUGGGUAGUCUGAGCAGCGGUGGUACUGACCAGAGUCCUGACGAGCUGGUGCAAGACAGUGUACCCAGUGAUUACCACCCUCCUGAGGCCCACGCCAAGCCUGAGCCUGCCCCCUACACCCCAACCCCACACCGCCACGACAGCAGACCCAAGUCCCUCAACCUCCCCUCCUCCACACGGCACAACAACCCUGAGCUCCAGAGGGGCUUCAAGGUUCGCUCCCGCACCCCGGAGGAGCGACAGCAGUGGGCUCAAGAACAGAUGACCAACGGUGCAGAGCAUCCCAGGAAACAGCAGCGUUCUGACCUCAACGUGCCACUGGAGAACAACAAUGUCCCGGAGGAAACUAAGAAGGCUGCAUCUUUCCCCAGCUUUGUUGAUGUUCCGGGGCCCUGUGAGCCAGAAGAUCUUAUUGAUGGCAUCAUCUUUGCUGCUAACUACCUGGGUUCCACCCAGCUGCUCUCUGAGAGGAACCCGUCCAAGAACAUCCGCAUGAUGCAGGCCCAGGAGGCUGUCAGCCGGGUCAAGAGGGUUCAGAAGGCUGCCAAAAUCAAGAAAAAGGCGAGUCCAGAGGGAGAUGCACAGACACUGACAGAGGUAGACCUCUUCAUCUCCACCCUGAGGAUCAAAGUGCUCAACGCAGACACACAGGAAACUAUGAUGGACAACGCCCUGCGCACCAUCUCCUACAUAGCUGAUAUUGGGAACAUCGUGGUGCUGAUGGCGAGGCGCCGCAUGCCGCGCACAGCCUCCCAAGACUGCAUCGAGACCACACCUGGAGCCCCAGAGGCCAAGAAACAGUACCGGAUGAUCUGCCACGUCUUUGAGUCUGAGGACGCCCAGCUCAUAGCCCAGUCGAUUGGGCAGUCAUUUAGCGUGGCUUACCAGGAGUUCCUGAGGGCCAACGGCAUCAACCCAGAGGACCUGAGUCAGAAGGAGUACAGUGACAUCAUCAACACGCAGGAGAUGUACAACGAUGACCUCAUCCACUUCUCAAACUCUGAGAACUGCAAAGAGCUGCAGCUGGAGAAGCAUAAGGGAGAGAUCCUGGGCGUGGUCAUAGUGGAGUCUGGCUGGGGCUCCAUCCUGCCCACGGUCAUCCUGGCCAACAUGAUGAACGGUGGGCCAGCCGCCCGCUCCGGGAAGCUCAGCAUCGGAGACCAGAUCAUGUCCAUCAACAACACCAGCCUGGUGGGCCUGCCUCUCGCCACCUGUCAGGGAAUCAUCAAGGGCCUGAAGAACCAGGUGCAGGUGAAGCUGAACAUUGUGAGCUGUCCCCCUGUCACCACCGUGCUCAUCAAGAGACCAGACCUCAAGUACCAGCUGGGCUUCAGCGUCCAGAAUGGGAUUAUCUGCAGCCUGAUGCGGGGGGGUAUUGCUGAGCGGGGGGGUGUCCGGGUUGGCCACCGCAUUAUUGAGAUCAAUGGCCAAAGCGUGGUGGCUACAGCGCAUGAGAAGAUUGUCCAAGCCCUCUCAAACUCUGUGGGCGAGAUUCACAUGAAGACAAUGCCAGCGGCCAUGUUCAGACUCUUAACAGGACAGGAGACUCCUAUGUAUAUAUAAACCAAGGACAGAUCCCAUUUUCCUCCACAGAGGAGCUGUAAGCAGUGGUUGUUUACAGUCCAGUUGGAGAGCUCUAGGUGGACAAGAUUAGCAGACUAAUGAGUGUCUGAGGAUGGCUAGUGAGCCAGGGAUUGUCUUUCUUACUGUUGUGUCGCUGACUUAUCAUUUUUUUCCUCCAUCUUUUCGGAGCUAACAUUCAUUCAACUGACACUCCCGAUAUUUUGCUGAUGUUAAUACUAAAGAGGGUCAUCUGGGCAGAAGGUGUUUACUUUAUUUAUUUGUGUUUUUUUGUUUGUUUUUUGGACGCCUCACAAUGUAUAUUUUUAUAUUCAUAUCAAUGUCAUAUUGUACCUGCAUAUUGUUUCAUUUAGUUCUCUUUGCUUUAUUUAAUUUUCAUGUAAAUACAUAUUUUGCUAAUGCGUCGGAAGUAAUGGGGAAGGGUCAUGGUUGCUUUGUAAAUAUUUAUUGACUUUUCCUGCUGGUUUGAUAGCAGGGAAGAGAGCCCUUGACCGCUAAAGGACGGUUGAAAUCGUGCUGUCAAUAUAGUUUAGAUGGACAAUAAAAGGGUAUUUGGGAGUGACUUGGGUAAUAUAAUAUUGUUUAUAUACAGUACCAGUCAAGAUUUUGGACACACCUACUCAUUCAAGGGUUUUUCUUUAUUUUUUAUUAUUUUCUACAUUGUAGAACAACAGUGAAGAAAGACAUCAAAACUAUGAAAUAACACAUGGAGUCAUGUAGUAACCAAAAAAGUGUUAAACAAAUCAAAAUACAUGUUAUAUUUUAUAUUCUUCAAAGUAUCCACCCUUUGCCUUGAUGACAGCUUUGCACACUCUUGGCAUUCUCUCAACCAGCUUCACCUAGAAUGCUUUUCCAACAGUCUUGAAGGAGUUCCCACAUAUGCUGAGCACUUGUUGCCUGCUUUUCCUUUUCUCUGCGGUCUAACUCAUCCCAAACCCAUCUCAAUUGGGUUGAGGUCGGGUGAUUGUGGAGGCCAGGUCAUCUGAUGCAGCACUCCAUCACUCUCCUUCUUGGUCAAAUAGCCCUUACACAGCUUGAAGGUGUGUUGGGUCAUUAUCCUGUUGAAAAACAAAUGAUAGUCCCAUUAAGCGCAAAACAGAUGAGAUGGUGUAUCACUGCAGAACACUGUGGUAGCCAUGCUGGUUAAGUGUGCCUUGAAUUCUAAAUAAAUCACAGUGUCACCAGCAAAGCACCAUCACACCACCUCCUCCAUGCUUCACAGUGGGAGCCACACAUGCGGAGAUAAUCAGUUCACCUACUCUGUGUCUCACAAAGACUCAGCGGUUGGAACCAAAAAUCUCAAAUUUGGACCCAUCAGACCAAAGGACAGAUUUCCACUGGUCUAAUGUCCAUUGCUCAUGAUUCUUGUCCCAAGCAAGUCUCUUCUUCUUAUUGGUGUCCUUUAGUAGUGGUUUCUUUGCAACAAUUCGACUAUGAAGGCCUGAUUCAUGCAGUCUCCUCUGAACAGGUGAGGUUGAGAUGUGUCUGUUACUUGAACUCUGUGAAGCAUUUAUUUGUUUUGUUUUUAUUAGCUGUUCUUGCCAUAAUAUGGACUUGGUCUUUUACCAAAUAGGGCUAUCUUCUGUAUACCACCCCUACCUUGUCACAACACAACUGAUUGGCUCAAAUGCAUUAAGAAGGAAAUAAAUUCCACAAAUGAACUUAACAAGGCACAACCUGUUAAUUGAAAUGCAUUCCAAGUGACUACCUCAUGAAGCUGGUUGAGAAUGCCAAGUGUGUGCAAAGCUGUCAUCAAGGCAAAGGGUGGCUACUUUGAAGAAUCUCAAAUAUAAAAUAUAUUUAGAUGUGUUUAACACUUUUUUGGUUACUACAUGAAUCCAUGUGUUAUUUCAUAGUUUUGAUGUUUUUACUAUUAUUCUACAAUGUAGAAAAUAGUCAAAUAAAGAAAAACCCCUUGAAUGAGUAGGUGUGUGCAAACUUUUGACUGGUACUGUAUAUCAAGCCAAUGCUAGCAGUAGAGGUUGUAUGUUACAAAACGCCAUAUCCCUUCCGAUUUGAACUUUUUCAUUUUACAUUAGGUCCACCUCGUCAUGACAACAAGUCAUGAGGUAAAUGUUACUGACUAGUGUACAAGUGGUAUUUUUAACUUCCUUAUGUCAACACAAUUUAUUGGACAGCACUGUCUCUCACACAUUUUAAUUAACAGUUAAUUCCAAAAUAUUGAACUCAACAUUGCUUAUUCUUUUGAAAAUCAAACCAAUGUAUGAAACUUGAAAGGGUAGUUUCUAUGUGUGUUAUGUUCAUCUUGUGUGUUUCACCCCAACAGAAACUCAGUUGAGUCGAUUUGUGAAUGUAUUGUGUUGUAAAAACUGUGUCCAUUGCCAUAAGCAGUAUUAGAAUGUCUGUACAUAAAGAGAACUUUGUCUAGGAUUGUGCUCAUAAGCGUCACGGUUAGUCACUGCAAACAUCCCCACUUCUGCUGUGUCGGGCUUCAGCCUUGAGAGAAAGAUGAACAAAGAAUCCCACUGUGACUGAGGAAGCCUUACGACUGAGUAUUGCUUUUAACAUGCAUUGUACUAAAAAUUACAUUGGAAAAAUUAACAUUUAUCUGUGUGCAUGCCUCAUGAUAGUAUCAAGUCAUUAUGGCAAGAUAACAAUAAAAUCUCAAAUAAACCCCCAUUUCUGUU